AUGUCUCCGUCCGACAUGCCCCGCUCCGGCUUACGGAAAGGAACGAAAAGCUGCACCGAGUGUAGGUUGGUUGUCAAACUUUACAAGAUCUCCACGUCUGAUCUCGGAAGACAGGUAGACGACGGAAAGUUCGCUGCAUUAGAAUUCCUCGAGAAGCGGAUACAUGUCAACAAUGUCGCGCAGUUAACAGGUGUUGUGAACAACAUCGAAUGCAAGCUUGGCUAUAAACCAUCUCAGAUCGCUAGCAGUAAAGACGACCGAUUCUCGGGCUCCGACGACGAGGAAGGAGAAAGUAGUGGGUCGGAUAUUCCCAUGGCUGAAAGACCAUCACACCUGCAAUCGCUAUUCCAGAACCACUGGCUGAGCGCUGAUCCAUGCCAACAUGAGCAGCAGGCGGAGCAACGUAUGGAUAAAAUCUUUGCGCAAUUGUCGAUCGAUGUGCGACCAAAACUCCAAAACAUGAUUCCACCAAAGGAUGAAGUUGCGGAUAUUGCACGAUCUCCCUACGAUUGGCUGACCUUGCUUCAUACACUAUUCCCACAACCUCUGAUGCUGAAGUCUCCACAAGAACUACUAAAGAGUUAUGAGUCAAUGUGUAGUCCCAACAUAGAUGUUAUCAUGCUAGCCUCUUGGCUCCUUACACUUGCACUUACCGCACAGCAAAUCCAUCUAGGACAGGAAGAUUCCGACGUAUAUUUACAAAAGUGCCAGAGGAGGCAAGUAGGUCAAGGAAACUUUCAAAAGGCCUGGAUUAAAUUACGCCACAUCAUUGCCAUAGCAGAAUUGAUGGGCUUACCUAGAGUAUUCCAAGCCGUACGCUUCAACCAACCCACCGGCGCGAACGACACCUCGUUUCACAAGGUGCAGUUGUGGCAAGCAAUUUGUAAUAUAGAACGGCUAAAUGGAAUGAUCCUAAAUCUUCCCCCAGGGACCGCACGGUAUCAACUUACAACUGCUUCUCCACUUAAUGUCGAUGGCAGCAUCCACAUCACAACUUAUCUCACCAGGCUUUUCAACAUUUAUAUCAAGGUGUAUGAUCUGGAUGAACUCAGUUAUACACAUGAAUCUAGUAUGAAAACGCAGAUGGCCGCUCUGGAGAUGGCUCAGGCCCUUGGGGAACUCGCGGGCCAGGCGCCAGAUACAUGGUGGGCAGGUGAUGAACGAGAUCACGUAACACCGGACGAUGUUGUACAGUUUUUACAUUACUGUGUCCUCAUGAGAGUCUACCUACCGUUCGUGCUGAAGCAGAACCUUGGAGAUGAGCUCAUGUACGCUCGGCUACCGUGCAUGAAUGCUUGUGAAUCAGUGGCACGCCGGUAUUUAGCACUCCGGAGAAAGCUGCCCGUGGGCUUGUUCAUGGCUCGAGUAUUGGAUCUGCAAGCCCUUACUGCAGCGUCCGUACUCCUUCUCCUCUCCCACCACAUCCGCUCAACCGACCGUCAUAGCCUCCGGGUUGAUACAAGGAACCUCCAUGCAGUAGUCUCGGAGGUCAUCACUUUGAUUGGCGAAAGGGCGAGAGACCCGACCAAUUCCGAACUUGCAGUUGAGGCCUACAAUACUCUUCGCGCUUUAGACCAGCUCCUUCGCCAAGACAACCACACUGGCGAGGCUGAAAGAUUAACAGUUACAGUCCCGUUACUGGGAAAGAUACAUGUCCGACGUAACACCCGCUUAGCUCCGCGACCCCGGGUACCUAACCAGUCGUCGUCUCAGCCAGAGCCAAAUGUAGAUAUUCAACGGUGGAUUUCUGCAUCACAUCCACUGCAGAGUCAACCCAGCCUCGGCACGAACGUAGCUGCAAACGAUAAUUCAGCUCCCGACGAAUGGCGAUUGACUGACCUUUCCUGGUCAAUUGAGGGCAGCCUUGAUAACCUACUGGAAGAUGUUUUCUUGAACGAGAGUAUUGGGCAGUAUAUAAACAUGUGA